AUGGGGGCAGGAGGAUUGCGAGCCCAAAAGUGCAAGGCAUCGAAGCAGUCACUGACUAAAAUCACCAGGAAGCCGCCCAAGAAGCGGAGGAAAUCUCGCAAAAAGAGCUAUUCCACUAACGUGUACAGGGUGCUGACCCAGGUCCAUCCUUCCAGCAGGAUCUCAUCCAAGGCCAUGAGUUUUAUGAAUUAUUUCGUUGUUGACAUUUUUGAGCGUGUCGCCUCCGAGGCUUCGCAUCUCAUUCACCACAACAAGCGCCACGCCAUCUCGGCCAGGGAUAUCCAAAGCGCCAUCCGCCUCACGCUUCCAGGGGAACUAGUCAAACACACUGUCUCCGAAGGCACCAAAUACACCAACUCUAUUUAG